AUGAAUGACAUAAAGGUUGCUCUGAUGGGCAGCGAAGGAGCUGGAAAAACAGCUGUUCUGGUGAGGUUCUUCACAAAACGCUUUAUUGGAGAAUAUGCUUCCAAUGCCAAUUCCUUAUAUCAUAAAAGGCUAUCAGUUGAUGGAAGACAGAUAAACUUAGAGGUCUUUGAUCCAUGUUCACAGAGUGGAAGCAGCAGAUGUAUCCUGGACGAGCCCGUGGCGUGGGCAGAUGGGUUUGUGGUGGUGUACAACAUCAGCGACCGAAUGUCCUUCCUCUAUGCCAAAAGCAUCCUCCGGCAGAUCAAAGAGGCCCGUGAGGAGAGCUGUAAGGGACUGGCGGACAUCCCGAUCUUUGUGGUGGGGAACAAGCAGGACCUGUGCCACGCUCGACAGGUACGUGAGGAGGAGGGCAGAUCCUUGGCUCUGGAAAACCACUGCCACUUCCAGGAGGUGUCUGCAGCCGAGGACUACUUGGAGAUAUCCAACCUCUUCACAAAGCUCAUCCGCCAUGUGAUGGGGAACCCCAAGUACCGUGCAGACCGCAGACGAUACAGUGGCUCCAAGUCCAUGGCCAAGCUCAUCAAUAACGUCUUUGGCAAAAGGCGGAAGUCCGUCUGA